AUGGAGAGCCUUCUAUGUAUAGGCAUGGAUGAGGAACUAAGAGGGAAAUACAAUAAGGAUUCUAGAAGCUUAUGUUGCCCUAAUUCUAUCCUAGAAGGGGUGGUUCCCCUUGCUUGCUCACCGAGGUUGUGGCCUUUGUCUUCUAAGAGGUCAAAGGUUGACUCCUCUCCCUACAUGGGUCAUCCAAGCUCCCAAGUUUGGGUCCAAGACGCCUUUCCUCCAAAAAAGCGUGGUAGACUUCAAAAGAUAG